GUUCUGCUUUGAACUAUGAACUUGGAAAGAAGUACAGGUACAGUUAUGAGACAGAGGUUAAAGUUGAUGACCCUUCUCUAACCAAAGACACUAUCGGACACUCCGAAGCUGGAUUUAAAUUGUCCUCAAAUGUAGACCUUGUGGUUGCAUGGCAAAAUAGUGCUAAUAAACAAGAUCAAUUAAUUCAAUUAACAGUUCAAGAUGUAAAACUUUCUAAUGUCUCUGAGAGGCCAGAGGAUCGAAAUACAUUUGCAAAUGUACCUCGUACAUUACAAGCAGUUUCACCCUACUCGGUAUUCUUCCAAUGGAAUGAUGGUAGAGUUGGGUCAGUCUACGCUAACGAAAAGGACGCAUCAGGUUCCUUGAAUGUAAAACGUGGCCUGAUUAGUCUACUACAAAUACAAUUGGCAGAUGGCAAAGUGACUGAGACUGAUGCAUCGGGGGAAUGUCAGGUGACGUAUACUGCUAAGGGCAAUAGUAUUGAGAAAGUAAAGAAAGCAAGUACCUGCACAACGGAAUCAGAUGUCAAGUUCUACCAUCCAAAACGCAUCAUGGAUAUUGACAUCACAUCAGAGGUCAGAGCAGCUUAUCAGUUGUCAGCUGAUAGCUCUCUUAUCCAAUCAGCAAGCAGCUUUGAAAGCCAUUUGACUGGAAUCAAUGUUAGAAAAUCUCUGGCGUCUUCUGUGGUUUCCAAGCAAUUACUGACAUAUACCUCAACCGAAGAGGGUGGUAAGACACUGCCGGGAGCCACCAUCGAUGAUGCAUUGCAAGGAGAUUCCAACCUUGUUGCCACAUCAUUGAUCUCAGAACCAGCCAAACAACAGUGUGCUAGUGGCUGUGAAAUUCCAUCCAAGGUUAUUGAAAAUUUAAGGUCAAAGUUGAAAGGAGAAUACAUGUCUAAAACAAAGUCAGCUAUAGCAUCGAUUGACGCUGUUCUUGCAUUCAGGAAUGCUGGCAGGGACACACUUCUGGCUAUCCUGAGGGAUCGUAGAAAUGAAGAAAUUUUACCUCAAUUAUUAGAUAUACUUGCAGCAACACAGACUCUGGCGUCUGAACAGGCACUGUUGGAGUUAGUAGAUUUCAAAGAUGAAGAACUAAUAGAAAGUAUUGAGCGACUUCUGCUUGUUACUGGCUACAACAACCAUCCUAGUGAAUUUCUUCUACAAACAUAUUUGGAUAUGCUGAAAAAUAAUGGUGUUCCAAACGCUGAAGCUAAAGAGACACUUGCUCUUACUCUUGGGAAUUUACUAGGAACAUACUGUGGUAUAGAAUCCAGAUGUCAAACAAAGGUUGCUGUAGAUAUUCGAGAAUAUCUUCUGGAGAUGGUGAAGUCUGAUGAUGUACCAACCAGAUGUCAAGGACUCCGUGCAUUGGGUAAUGCUGCUCUGCCUUCCCUCUUCCAGGUCAUUGUUGAUGUUGCGGCGAAUGCAGACGAUGCAGAUGUAAUUACCACAGCAAUUAAUGUUAUGCAUGUCUAUGAUGAAGAUUUUUUCACAAAAGAUGUGAAUGAUGUAUUGAACAGGAUUUACCAUGAGCUCCGCCGUGAGUAUACCUACGUGAUAAGGCUUACCGCAGCCAACACCCUUCUCACUAAGAAGCCUUCUGAGCAGGAUGUAAUCGACAUCCUCUUUUCACUUAGUGAUCAAAAAGUUCCAGAAAUGGUGAGGUUUCUUACAGCAAAGAUUGAUAACCUUAUGACCUUAGAUUGUGUGGCAGGACAAACUGUUCGUAAUACUUUGUCUUCAGCUGCGGUUAGCAACUACAAUACACGCGCUCACAGUGGGCUCUCUGCAGCUUUUACUAAUGUCAUGGCAGACACUGCUGACUCCCUUGCAUCAUUUGAUCAAGAUAUUUUAUUUACAUCAACUGCUGUACUGCGUAAGAGUGACUUUUCUGUUAAUCUUGAGGCUGAUAACAACACUCUACAGAUUGCCAAUGUUGGAAUUUGGGCAAGAGGUUUGGAAACUUUCCUUGGCGAAGACACAGGAGAAGAUGCAGGAGCUGCUGCUGGUUUGUCUGUCAAAAUUAUGGACGUUCAGCUUCGACCUAUGUCUUUCUCUGCAACCAUGAGUGACAUCAUGAGUCUUGUGUGGAGUAUGGGGUCAGACAGUAGUAUGACAGCCCUUCAGGGUAUUAUUUUGCUCCAGGAUCAUUAUGAGCACAUCCGCCUGCAAUCUGGAUUUGAUGUUGAGGUUGCGGUCCAGGGUACAGUCUCCCUCAAACUAAGUGGCGGUCUUGAUUUCAGUCUUUGGGAGCGGUCCUCCACAACUUCUAUUUAUAACAAUGGUGCUAUGGCUGUACGAGGAUCUCUAAAACUUGAUACAGGUUUCCUCCAAACCGGAAUGGAAUAUUCCGCUGAUGCUGAUGGUAGCAUCACCUUUGUAACUACAGUACUAUUUGCUGAAUUACCUGCCAAGUUUUGUAUGCAAAUGAUGCAGGACCCAUUAUUAUUCAGACACCGAGUUCGUAAAUAUGAGGAGCUAACUGGCUCCACACAUAAGUUUACUGUGGGGGUAAACAGGAAGGCCCUUGCACCACCGCUGUCUUUCAAACUCUACAAGCAAAAUUCAAUUCAAUGUGAUGAGAUGCUGGGCCAGGAAGAAGAAGAUAGUGGUUCCUGGUGGUAAUUUUAACCCUACUCUACUUUCUGUUUCCAGAUCUAUUUCAGAUGUUUAUUAUUAUACAGUAAUAGUUUUGUCUCAAAUUCUCAGAAUAUGUUUGGGAAAAAAGCAUUCAAAAAAGCCUGUCAAGUGUUAUUAGGAAAUUUAUAUUUGCCACAAGGUGAUCUGUCAUGAAGGUAACUAAUUGUCAGGAAGGUGACUUCUAUUUUGGUGAUUUACCUGUAACCUGCCACAAGGGUGAAUUACCAUGAUGGUAACUUACCUUGAAGGUGAUUUACCAUUAUAAAGGUAACAUACCAUGCGGUAACACCAUAGAGGCAAGUUUUACCAUGAGGGUGAUUUACCAUGAAAGUGACUUGGGUUACAUUGCCAAGAUGGUCACUUUCCAUCAAGGUGACUUACCAUGAGAGUGAAUUACCAUAAGAGUAACUUUCCACCAGGGUAUCUUAUGUUUUACUUUAUGUAAUACCUUCCCUGCUUAUAAAACAUAGGUGUAAUGAAAAAUACCCUAUUUAAUACCAUUAAGUGUGUUCCAAUUAUGUGUUAAAAGGUGUGUUUUCUGUAUUAAUUUGUCUUUCUUACUUUUACAUUCUCAUUUUUGGAUAAUAUAAUACCACUAUGCAAAAAAUAUUUUGUUCUAUGUCAAAAUAGAUGGCUAGGAAUUUUUGCAAGAUAUAUUUUUUACCUGGAAGUGUGUGUAAAAUUUAUAUUUCAUUUUUUCAGAUUCUCUUUUCAAAGUAUCCUUAUCCUUCAUUAGUGAUUACGAACUCAUAACAUUCCAUUUGUGAAAGAAAGUUAUCAGUAACUUGUUUGAGUCUGCUUGAAUCAUAGAUAAUAUUUAUCACUGUCAAUUUUAAAAUUUAUAGAUAAAUAAUGCUCUCAUGUCUGUAGUACUACUAGAUUAGAAGUAGCAACUUUGUUGUUAAUUUUAUAACCAGUGAGGUGAGCUUAGCCUCUUGAAUUUGAAUUCAAUAACAUGAAUUUAAAUUUGACAUGUACCAGCAAAGUAUUAUGCCUGUUUCUGUAGAGUGUGGAAGUAUAAAUUAUGGUUUUGUAUCAUACACUGUAAGCCUCAUGUUAAUGAUACUAUGGGUAGACCCUGAAAAUAAAAAAAUAAAAAAA